UCCGAGAUUAAUCGCGGUGUCCGAUUGCGGGAGACACCAAACACGGUAAACAAGCCUCGUCUCUUGUAGUGUUUUUCCAUUCUGUGCUCGUUUUGAUGGUGGACUGUGUGUGGCGCAUAUCGCGUGCUUCUUCUGUGGUACUCCGGUGUGUGCUCAGCUCUGGCCUGAACUACUGUGUGGCUGUCCGUGCUCCAGAGAUCAUCAUGGCUACAAUCGUCAUGGAGCGGAUCGGGCGACUCUUCAUUAACCUGCAGCAGGUGGGGCGAGUCCCCCAGAUGCUCACCGAGGCCUUGCCCUCCACCGCCGACACCCUGCGAGACACGGAGGUGCCCUGGUUUUUCCGUGAACGCUACAUUCACUCAGGCUACCGGCCACUGCACCAGAACUGGCGCUACUACUUCCUUUCGCUCUUACAGCGGCACAACGAGACCGUAAACGUUUGGACGCACCUGAUCGGCACGCUAGUGGUCCUCGCGAGAACUGCGCGGUUUACCGAAACCAUCGAUUUCGUGAACGACCCUCAUUCUUGGCCUCUUUUAAUCCUGCUGUUGUCCUCAGCGAGCUACUUGACCUUCAGCACCGUGGCCCACCUGCUGGCGGCCAAAUCUGAGCUGUGUCAUUACGGCUUCUUCUACCUGGAUUACGUGGGAGUGGCACUGUAUCAGUAUGGCAGUGCAGUGGUGCACUACUACUACGCCAUUGAGGAAAGCUGGCACGCAUGUGUACGAGGUUUCUUCAUGCCUAUUGCUAGCUUCCUGUGCUGCCUGUCUUGCUUCGGCUGCUGUUACGGGAAAUUUCGCAACUACAGCCUUCCUCCCUGGGUUCGCAAAGUCGGCCAGGUGGUUCCUUCAGCCGCUGCUUACGUUUGGGACACCAGUCCUGUGUUUCAUCGCUUUAUCAUCUGGUUUCUGUCUUGGAUGAGGGGCAACUUCAUAAACAGUCCUGCUCUGCUCUUUCACUUCGGCCAAGUGGCGUUUUUUCUUUCCAGUGCUUUUUUCUUCACCCAGCCUGUUCCCGAGCGCUGGUUCCCAGGGCACUGUGACAUCUUAGGUCAGGGUCAUCAGCUGUUCCACGUGCUGAUGGUUCUGUGUACAGUCUGCCAGAUCCACGCUUCAUAUCUGGACUACUUCAACCGCAGAGACCUCUACGUGAAACUCCAUGCUGAUGGCGAGGCGUUGUUCUUCGUCGUGCUCUUCAUUUUAACACUAAUCACCUCUGCUCUGAUAGCUUUGUAUAUGCUCACGAAAGUAAAAAGAUUACAGGGAAAAACUAAGUAAAGAAUAGGAAUAGUUUGUCCUGCUCUUUAAUAGUGGAUGGUCAGCAUGCUGUCAAUGAGUAUUUGAGUUAUGGGCUGAUGAAAAGGUUUAUUCAAGUCCACAUAGGCUUUAGCUAACGAUGUUUCCUGAUCAAUAUUCUUGUUGGUUCUCUAACAACAUUCCUAUCAUCAAACUUAGAUUUUACAGUGUUAGGUUUGGGGUCUGUAUUUGUGUGUGUUGUUCAAGUACUGAACUUUGAGCAAAUGCUUAAAGCUCAAACCGAUCAUCAUCUGUGUUAGUAUUUUUAGUAUGUGUUUUUAAUGGAAAAGCUUCUGUUAAAGCGAUAGUACACUAAACAAUUCUAAUUCUGUCAUCAUUCACUUUCUUUCUUCUAGAGAAGAACAAAAAGCAGGUACUUUGAAGAAUGUUGGUAACCGAACAGUUCUGGCCAUUGACUUUUGUUUCCACAAAAUACAUGUUGCACAUGAGAGCAAAUGAUGACAAGAUGUUUUGGGAGAACUAUCCCUUCGAUGUGUCUUACUUCAGUUACACACCAGCCAGCAAGUAAACACUAAAGAAACCAGCGUGCAGUAUUGAGAAUAUGGAAAAAGAUAGAAAUAUUUAGGUGUUUAGAUGUCUGUUUGACUUGAAGUGUGUAAAUUCAAAAUUGUAGAUUGUGUUAAGAAUGCUGUCUCUUUUAUAUAAACUAAAGAAUGCACUGUUAUACUGUCAAUCAUCAGAUUAGCUUUGAGGAAGUAAAAAAAUGACAAUCAAGUCUUAAUUUCUAUAUCAAUGAUUCUGAGAUGUUUGUUCUGUCUGUCUGCUAAAGAGGGACAGUAUUACCAAUGCAGUCAUGAUCACUGCUGUGCCUUAAUGAGUAUUUUAGAUGAACCUCAGUAAUUCAAAUCACACACAUCUUGUGUAACUGAUAACAAAGAGUAGUACUAUAUUACUGAGAUGGUUGUAUUUGUUUUGAAUGACCAGUGUACUGAUUUUCUUUCUAGUGUUAUUGCACUUUACCAAACAAAGCAGUGCCUACUUACAGUAUAACCCGGGCUCAUUUGUGUGGAUGUUAGAGGAAAAGGCAAUGCAGAAAUACAUUUAUGCUUUCACCAGGUCAACGUUUGUAACCGUCGUUGUCUUUUUCCAAGUAUCCUUGUUUCUAGUGUUACUCUAUUCUUACUGUUUAUGUGAAAGGCAUACAGCAAUUGCCUGUUCUGAAAAGUAUCCUUAAUUAAAUUACUAAAUCAUGUUCCACAGUGUAUUAUGCCUUUUACUGAUUUAUCAGUAUAUGAAUUACAAUGCAAUGAUUCAAAAAUAAAUAUAUGUAAAACCAA